AUGUCUCUGUCGCUUGCAACUGACGUUAGAUUUAAAUUGAACGAUGGAAACCUGAUUCCUGCUUUGGGUCUCGGUACGGUUCCAUCCAAGGAGCCUUCUCAUACCAAGACUGAAGUGGUUACUGCUGUCAAGGCUGGAAUUAGACACAUCGACACUGCCUGGUACUACGGCACUGAAAAGUACGUGGGAGAAGCUCUUCAAGAGUUGUUUGCCGAGGGAGUGGUCAAGAGAGAGGAUAUCUUUGUUACCACUAAGGUCUGGCCUUCGUUCUGGCACAAUCCAGAGAAGUCGUUGGAUACUUCUUUAAAGACAUUGGGCCUCGACUAUGUGGAUCUCUUUUUGCAGCACUGGCCAAUUGCUCUUCACGGCGACGAAAACGGGUUGCCUGCUGAACCUUUAGACGAAUCUGGAUACCCUAUCUACGACGACGAUCCAGUUACAGGCACCAAGUUCCUUGGAGUCUACAAAGAGCUCGAGAGAAUCAAGAAAACCACCAACAAGGUCAAGUCCAUUGGUGUUUCCAACUACAACAUCGAGCGUUUGGAGUGGCUUUUGAAGGAAACAGAGAUUGUGCCCGUGCUUAACCAGAUCGAAUUGCACCCGAAAUUGCCCCAGCAAGACCUUGUGGAGUGGUCUGAGAAGCACAAUAUCUUGACUGAAGCCUACUCGCCAGUUGGUGCUGAAGGAGCUCCAAUUGUCAAGAUUCCUUUGGUCAAGGAGCUUGCAGAGAAGUACAAGGUGACAGAAAACGAAGUUGCCGACGCCUACCAUAUCUUGGAAGGCAGAGUGUCGUUGCCUCGUACGUCCAACUUGGACAGAAUCAAGAACCUCGUGAGGUUGCCUGAGUUGACCAAGGACGAGUUGAAGCAGCUCCACGAGCUUGGAGAGAAGGAGCCCAAGAGGUAUAGAAACGAGCUUUGGGGCCAUGGCCUUGGCUUUAAGUACUGGGAGGGCGACCGCUUUGCUAAGAAAUAG